AUGGGGGAACAAGUUUUUGAAUCAACAAUCAAAGUCACAAUAAGUGAUGAUGAUGAAAAUAUUAUUCAUGACUCUACUAAAGAUCAUGUUACCAAGAAAUCAAUUUCUUCUAAUAUUUCCCCAUUGACUAAACUUCAUGCAGGCUAUUUUAGAAUUAGCCUUUCUCUAGGUGGUCAAACUUUGUUAUGGAAAGUACUAACUCAACAUUUGGACAAAUCACAAACACUUCAACACAAAUUUCAUUCACUCCCUUCAACUACUUUCCUCUUACUAUGGUGGAUAUCACUUUGUACACUUAUGUUACUCUCUUUUCUUUACAUCUUAAGGUGCAUUUUUCACUUCAAGUUAGUGAAAUCUGAGUUUUUGCAUCCUAUUGGUGUUAACUACCUCUUUGCACCAUGGAUUUCUUAUCUUUUAUUGCUUCAAUCAGUACCAUUCACAAUCCCAAAUCUUGAUUCUUGUCAAUUUCUAUGGUGGAUAUUCGUCGUACCUGUGGUGAUUCUUGAUGUGAAAAUUUAUGGACAAUGGUUCACUACUGAAAAGAGGUUUUUGUCAAUGGUUGCAAAUCCAACAAGCCAACUUUCUGUUUUGGGAAAUUUGGUUGGUGCUUGGAUAGCUAGCAAGAUGGAAUGGAAAGAGAGUGCAAUUUGUAUAUUUACACUUGGAUUAACACACUAUUUAGUUGUGUUUAUAACACUUUAUCAACGAUUAUCGGGUAGUAAUGGCCUUCCUGCCAUGCUUAGACCUUCAUUUUUCUUGUUUGUGGCUGCACCUAGCAUGGCUAGCUUAGCGUGGGCUUCUAUUUCUGGGGAUUUUGAUAUGCCAUGCAGGAUGCUCUUUUUUCUUUCACUAUUUCUCUUCACAUCUUUGGUUUGUAGGCCAACUCUAUUCAAGAAAUCAAUGAGAAAGUUCAAUGUUGCAUGGUGGGCUUACUCAUUUCCCCUAACAUUCCUUGCCUUAGCUUCUGCACAAUAUGCACAUCAAGUGGAAGGUCAUGUUGCUAAUGGGCUAAUGUUGCUUCUAUCUGCCCUCUCUGUUCUUGUUUUUGUUGGCUUGACAGUCUCCACAGCACUCAAUCUUGACAUGCUCUUGAGUGAUCAUGAUAGAUAUUUAAACUUCACUAAAAGCACUUAA